GAGACGUCAGUAUAAAUCUCACUACGGACCAAGCCCCGAAAAAUGUAUUCCAACUUGUCGCCCCAUGUAUACUUUCCUGCGUUUUCGUGCUCGUCCGCCGUCGACGAGCAGACGCGUCGGUCGUAUCGUGAAGUCAGCUCGACGUGAUGGCAAGCGGACUCUGACGAUCUCUGCCAUCUCGGGUCCAAAGGAACCCCCGUUGGUCAAUUCGACGUUGUCGAAUUACUUUGCCCAAGAUAUACUAGCAAGGCACUCUACAAAUCCUGCGUUGAUAUGUAGGUCCGAGUUGCCGAGGGCCCAUGGUGGACCCACGUCGCGAAACCUGGGAGUCUCACGCCACCUUGCCUGGGAUUUCGAAGAAUUCGAUAGACAUAUUGAAGCCCUCGCAAGAGGUCUAUUAGAUCUGGGAGUGAAGAAAGGCGAUCGUGUUGGUGUUGUGAUGGGUAACAACAGUGCUUAUGCCAUGUUGCAAUGGGCUUGUGCGAGUAUAGGUGCCAUCCUCGUGACGCUUAAUCCUGCAUAUAGGCUUCCUGAACUUGUCAAGACUCUGUCUCUAGUAGGAGUCAGUCACCUGUUCGUUGUCCCCCGCAUUCGCACAUCCGAAUACGUCAAACUUUUCUCAGAAGCAUUUCCUUCGUUCAAGUCAUCUGCACCAGGAGAGAUCCAGGAGGAGACAUUGCCGGACCUCAAACAUCUAAUAGUUGUUGACACUACCUCGGACUUCAAGCAAUUCCAGCGAGACCUGGAAGACACCAGAUGUGCUGUUGACUUUCGUGAGAUACUUGUUUGGCGGGAAGACGGAAGCGAAGAUCGACGCGUCAAGGAGAUUGGCCGGACAUUGCAUCAAGACAAUGUCAUCAACCUGCAGUUCACGAGUGGUACAACAGGUGCUCCGAAAGCAGUCUCGUUAACGCACCAUAAUCUCUUGAACAACGCACUGAACAUAGGGCGUUGCAUGCGUUUGACCUCUUCCGACGUCGUUUGCAACGUUCCACCACUAUUCCACUGCUUUGGCCUUGUUCUAGGUAAUCUUGCAGCGUGGACACACGGGUCUUGUAUAGUAUACCCUUCCCAGAUAUUCGACCCUCCUCGGAUAGUGGAUGCAGUAAUCGAGGAUAAAUGCACAGCUUUGCAUGGCGUGGCUACGCAUUUCUUAGGUGUAUUGGCAGAGGUUGAGAGGAGGAAGGAAGCUGGAGAAUUCUUGGAUUUCUCGAACUUGAGGACGGGAAUCGCUGCGGGUUCCUCGACACCAAUCGACCUCAUGAAGCAACUCAUCGAAAGGUUGAACCUCAGAGAGCUAACGAAUGCCUAUGGAAUGACUGAGACGAGUCCGGUGUCAUUCCAAACAACACCUGAUGACCCAGUCAUCAAGCGCGUUGAAACUGUAGGCAAGAUCCAUCCGCACGUAUCAGCCAAAGUUGUCGACAUCGAAGGGAACGUAGUUCCUAUAGGCAAGCCGGGAGAACUGCUCGUUUCUGGAUAUAGCUUGCAAAAGGGAUACUGGAAGGACCCAAAGCGCACACAGGAAGUCAUGGUACCGGAUGAGAAUGGAACGCUUUGGAUGCACACCGGUGAUGAAGCUAUUAUGGAUGAAGAAGGUUAUUUGAGAAUUGUCGGGCGUAUCAAGGAUAUCAUCAUACGUGGCGGAGAGAACCUCUUCCCUGUUCAGAUUGAAGAUGUCCUGACAGCGCAUCCUCAUAUCCGGGAAGCGGCAGCAGUAGCUGUACCUGAUCCUCGUUACGGCGAAGUUGUGGGAGCAUGGGUAACCUUGGAAGACGAUGCACAGCUCUCUCGUCAACAAGUCAGACAGACUGUUGCCGAAGGCAUGAAUCCCCAGAAUGCACCGGCAUGGGUAUGGUUCCUGGGUGAAAAUGGCGUUCCGAAUGAGCUACCAAAGACCGCGAGUGGGAAGGUGAUGAAACAUGUGUUGAGAGAUUGGAGUAAACAGUUGGCAGGAAAGGGUGUCGGCUCGUCCACGGGGCCUAAGAAUUAGGGUGCAAUGCUGAGGCACACUAUCUGAUUUCGUGUAUAAUAGUGUCAGGAGGGAUGCAGUGUGGACGUAAGUCAUCAGUCCUCUCAUCGUUCAUGUGCCACUGUCAGCUUAGAACGUUCCUUGAAUGUGGAUGACGCUUUCCG